AUGGCUUACAACUCUAAAAGUGCCUCAUCCAACCUGUUUUCCUCAUCUUAUCUAUCUACUUUUGGUCACACAAAGGAUGCCAACAAGAAGAAUCUUGAAAACUCGAACGAUUCGGAUUUAUACUUCCAAGACGAUUCUUCGCGAAGUGCGAUGACUCUUAAAAAUAACUCAAGUUCCUCGAGUACGGCUAUCAUUCCAGAGACUAUUUCUCUUUCGCCUUGCCAAUCCCUUGAACCAAAGUCACCUGCUGUCGGGAUUGAUUGGCCGGCAUGGAGAUAUCUUGCCGCUAUGUUUAUGCUGGAGUUCGCUAUAUGGGGAUUUGGUUGUUCUUAUGGUGUCUUACUCGACUAUUACCUUCAUUCUAAGUUUCAAAACGAUCCUGGGGCAUCUAUUAUCUUACCCUCUGUCGGGACUGUCAACACUGGGAUCAUGGCUGCUUUAGUACCGGUGAUUACAACGUUUACUAACAUUUUCCCCAGGUCGAAAGUUCCGAUCACCUAUGGGGGCUUGGCGAUUUUUUUGGGCAGUAUAUUUUUAUCCAGCUUUGCUCAAAACAGCAUUCACGUGCUACUCACGAUGGGUCUGGGGUUCGGCUUCGGCGGCGUGGCAGCUUACAUUCCACCUCUUUCUUACCUGCCAGGAUGGUUUUUGGAACGUAGAGGCUUAGCCAAUGGUGUCAUCUUUUCUGGAAGCGGAAUAGGUGGACUAGUAUUUCCCAUCAUUUUGGAAGUUCUGCUGCCGAUGGAUGGUGCUGGAAAGGCUUUGAAGUAUUGCGCUUUGGUACUGACGAUCAUGUGCGGGGCGGCAGCCUAUGUGAUCAAACCGCGGACUGGUGGACCGCCUGAAACAAAGGCCAAGUCAGACAAUUUUCUCGCUGCAUUCGGAGAUGUCACCGUUUUCAAGGAUACAAAUUUUUGGAGUUUCCUACUUUCAAACACCCUUCAGGCUUUGGGAAGCUUCUUGCCGGGACUCUAUCUUCCCAAUUAUGCUCAUUCUAUUUCCUUGGGACCUUCCUCUGGGAUGAUCCUUCUGGCUUCGUUCAACGUAUCUACUAUCUUCUCAAAAAUCAUAUUUGGAAUAUUAUCCGACCAUUUUUCACCUUACUUGAUCGGCUGCUGCACAAGCGCAGUUGCAAGUCUGAGUGUUUUUGGGCUAUGGGGUGGUCUAGGAUCAACAGGACUAGCGAGUCUGGUUAUGUUUGCGAUCGUCUUUGGGAUAACUUCUGGCUGCUGGACAACCCUUUACUUUUCAAGAAUACAGAGAUUAAAAGUGGACGAAAACACAACAAUGACAUUGUACGGGGCAUACUCAAUGACACGGGGAGUGGGAAACAUAAUUUCUGGGCCGGUUUCAUCUGCCUUGAUGCGCGUGAAAUUACCUGCACCUGUUGGAUCAGGCUUUGCGGCACUUGAUGACAAGUACUCCAGUCUCAUCUUCUUUUGUGGUGUCCUUAUGACCUUGACCACCGUCCUGGAGGGUUACCUUCAUUAUAAAACUCGAGUCUCAGCCAUACCAUUGUCUAAAAAUAGCCUUGCUUGA